GGGAGACAGUCUGACCGGACGGCUUCGCGACAGAGACGUGCCGCCACGGCGUCGUGCGGCGUCGGGGGACGCGCGUUAACCCCUCGCCAAACUCGUAAAAACACCUGACCGAGGUGUUGACAGCACCCCGGCGACAACAAUCGACUCCUGGCCACGAAAGUCCUCCGUGCACGAUCAUGAAUAGCUCGCCGCAGAACACCAACAGCACCGGCGGGCAGCGGCGGACGACCGGUAUUGACAACAGCGACGAGGAGGAAUGGAGCGGCGUCGUCGAAUGUGCUGUCCUUGAAAGAAGCAAAUCCGAGAGAGCCGUACGCGCUGAUGAAGAUAGACGUCGACGGACGAUUAUCGUUGAGAAGAAGAAUGGCACGUACGGUUUCACAUUACAGAGCUACGGAAUACAUUAUAAGAGGGAGCAGGAGAUAGAAAUGGUUACGUACGUGGACUAUGUGGAAUACGAUGGACCAGCGUUCAAAGCUGGUAUGCGAGAGGGUGACGUAAUACUGUCUAUAAACGGUCACGAGAUGGACAGAGCCGAUCACAAGACUCUUGUGAAUUUUAUCAAGAACUGUGAUACCAGAAUGCGGAUGGUGGUGUCCUUCGAAGACUGCGUUAGAAAGGUGGAAUUACAUAUGCGUUACAUCGAGUUGCAACGCGCCCUCCAGUCUCGUCUGGGUGAAUUGGAGAGACUGUGCGAGAGAGAACGGUCUAUUCUAAUGGGCCGAUGGAAGACCCAUUCACUGCCAGCGCGCAAGAGAACGCCUAACAGCAUCGCCGGCACUAACCCUAAUCAGCCGUCGCCCUCUUCUAGUUUCAAUUCUUCUACCAUUCAGUGCUGCCGGCCAGCAACCUCUACCGAACACCUUCUACUCUAUAAUGUGUUUGCGGAUGGACGACCCUAUCUCAUACCACGUAGCGCCGCUUGUCUCGUGACAGUCGGACCGCCUCGUUCUCGUAGCGAUCAUCAUCACUUCCUGUCUAAGAUGUCGAGCGAAUCUGCGAUGGCCGUAAGCUCUUCGCGUCACAGUUAUCACCAGGCUAACGGUAUGACGGGUACACCCGCGAAGAGCAAAUCUCAUAAACAGACCUGUCAGCAGCAAUCAUCCGUUGCUGUCGAAGGACCGUCGUUGCAUUCGGUUCCUCAAAACAAUCUCUGCGUCGCUUGUAUCUCCAGCGCGAAUCGUCGCCGAGAGCAGUCCGAUAGCGGUAGUCUAGAUGCUUACGAUCUUGCCAGUCCCUGCUGUGAUCCAAAUUGCGUACCUAGUCGUCGGCGUCGCGAGAAACAACGACGCGCCCGCAACGAGCAAGCUCUUCAUCAGCAGCAACAGCAGCAGCAGCAGCAACAACAGCAGCAGCAGCAGGCUAGCAUACAGCAUCAUCACGUUCAAGGACAACGAGACCAACAACAACAACAGCAGCCUAACGCUCACAAUUGCCCCCGCACGUCCGGUCACAGUCUUCAUUCCAUUACUAGUAGUGACGUCUCGACAACAGCCGACAGCGUCGCCUCCUGCUCCACCAGUCUCAGCACCGACACCCUAUACUGGGAUCCGAGCGUGCACCAGCGACCACCGCCGUGCCUUCAAUACGCUAAGCCCAAGUCCUGGGACAAUCUGACCACCAAAGCUUUCGGGGGCUAUGGCUUCGGUUAUGGUUACUUGGACACCGUGACUAUCAAGACCCAUAGUGCGGAACGUCCCGGUAAAGGGUCGCAUAGCGGUGGCAGCAGAUCAAAGACGCCGAUCGGCAUCGUGCAGCGGAAGUCUAGUGGUACCAGCGGCAGUACCGUGUAUUCGACAGCCACGAGUUCGACAAUCACGAGUCGACACUUUCAGCCGACCAAGUCAACGGAAAGUUUAUUGAUCGCGCCGGGACCAUACCAGGGCGAUCUCGAUCAGGCCAGUUUGAGCUGCGAAUGCCUGGAUAGCGGUGGCGGCGCCGGCGGAUCUAGCUCGCGCUUCAUUCAGUUAGAUAAGCACAAACGCGGCGACGACGCGGCGGGAUACAUCCCGCCAACCCACGCGCAAGUUAGACAUCGACGGUCUAGUCAUUCCGAUGGAAAACUACGGGCUAUCAAUAACUCCGAAGUUACGCGAUUGUAAUAUCUCCCCUAAAUACAUUAUCAAGAUAAAAAUAAAGCACGAACGUAAAUGUUGCAUUUUAUUUGGCUAGCCGAUAAAAUAAAAUCAAGAUAAUGAUUGAAUCGCUAACAUAUAUUGCCAGGGACGUCUUUGAAACUAAAUGAAAAUCUAAGUAAUUUGUAUCUCUAAAUCUCACACCUCUUCAGUCUCUCGUUCCAAUAUUCCUAAAUCUUUAGAUCAAAGUUACAAACAUCUGACGCCAUCUCUGUCUUUCCUUUAUUAUAUGUUGCCGUACAGAUCACCGAGACCUUUGUUGUAUGUUUUCAAUCAGACUCUAUAUUACCUACUGUCAGUUAGUCUGUAUGCAUAUUAGAUUUUCCUGACAAAUUGCAUUUUCCAUUAAAAAGAUUAUUAAAGUCGCGAGAUCACUUGAAAUAUAAUUGUUGGUAGCAUAAUAUUUAUCUAUGUAACAAAAUAAAUAUUAUUUCUAAAUCAAUUUGGCAAUAUCUCGAACGUAAUAAAAACUAAAAGAAGUUUCUGUUCAAUAAAUACUGUUAUUUUCAACAUACUGGUUUAUAGUCAAACAUUCUAUAACUUAAUAUAUUUUUAACUCAGAAUAACUAACAAUGCACGCUCUUAAACACACUUUGGCCAUUUCGUUCAUAUACAGAUAUUACAAAGAGUACAAUUUCUCUUUGAUUACACCCACAUAUCCUCUGUCUAUAUACAUAUAUACGUACAUACGUACACACAUGAAUGCACUUGCGUGCGCAUACGUAGACUGUAUUCACAAUCGAUUCGUACGAUCUCGCCCUGCAUGGCUGUGUCUGUGUUGUAUGUGUGUGUGUGUGUGUGUAUUUACCUACAUAACACACGUGCCACUUUACGGUAUGUAAUAAAUAUAUAC